AUGUUAUUUAAUAAUAUCAUAAAUGCUUAUCAGUUAGGAGAAAAUUAUGUCAAUGGUUUGAGUAUCAAUAAUUGUAUAUCAACUGUAUCUCUAGUGCAAUAUCUUAAUGAGCAAAAUACGAUGCAUGAAUCAUUAAUUUAUUUUUAUAAAUCUAUACCUGAAUUUAAACAAUUACGUGUCGAUGAUCAAAUGGUAUUAAUUAAAUGUAAUCUUAUCAAAAUUAUUCAUUUACAUUAUAUUCUUAUAGAAAAAUUUCAAGAAAAUCCAUCUAUUGGUUUGUAUAUGUCGAAAUGGAUAAGUGAAGAUUUUCAUUAUGGAUUCUCUCGAGCACGUCGACAUUUCGAUUGUUUUAAAGAACAUUCAUUGAUUUAA